AUGAGUAACGCAGAUAAUGGGCAGACCAAGGCCGCCGUCAGGUUUGAGGGAAUCAGCUUGCAGGCCUUCGGUAUCGCCCUGGCCACUGCCAUCGGUAUCUUCGCCGUACAAGUUGGCGUUUUCCUGCUCUUCAGGAAUAAGCUAGCUAGGAUAUUUAAACCCAAGACCUUCAUGGUGCCCGAGAGAGAAAGGACGGAUCCACCGCCCAGGAGUCCAUGGAACCUCUUCGCCAAGCUUAUCCGGCUCAAGGACCGCGAGAUUAUCGAGAAGUGCGGCCUCGAUGCCUAUUUCUUCCUGCGGUAUCUGCAGAUGCUCUUGGUUAUCUUCAUCCCUACCGCUCUUGUCGUCAUUCCCAUACUGGUACCUCUCAACUACGUCGGGGGUCUAAGGGUCGAUAUCGUCGACCAGGUGGUUACCAAUGCGACCGCCACAACCAGCAUCACCAGCUCUACCGCUACCGCCACAGGCUCCGCCACCGCCAGACCUACCGGCUCGACCAACUUGACCGAUUCGGUAGCCUCAAAUGCCUCAGCUAUAGCGGCGACCUUGCUGAGGAGACAGACGAGCACCGAAAAUGUGAUUAAACUGCAGCAGCCGCUUGGCGGACUCGACACGCUCGCCUGGGGCAACCUCGACCCCAAGAAUUAUCAGAGGCGAUGGGCACACCUGAUCCUGGCCAUCGCGCUGAUCGUAUGGGUCUGCUACCUCAUGUUCGUCGAGCUGCGGGUCUACAUCAAGGUUCGCCAGGACUACCUGACCAGCGCCCAGCAUCGACUGCGCGCGUCGGCCAACACGGUCCUGGUCAGCUCGAUCCCGGAAAAGUGGCUCACGGAGGAUGCUCUCAGGGGGCUGUUCGACGUGUUUCCAGGUGGAAUUAGGAAUAUCUGGAUCACGCGCGAUUUCACAAAGCUCCUCGAAAAGGUGCACAAGCGCCGGUACAUCCGUGAUUUGCUCGAGAGCGCGCAGACCGAUCUCAUCCGCGACGCCAAGCGCAAACAGCUCAAGCGACGAAAGGCCGACGAGAAGAAGGAGCAAAAGGCCUCCAAGAGCCGCGGGCCCACGAAGGAGGAGCAGCAGAAACGAGACGAGGCAGAGGACGCCGAGGCUCGCCUGCGCGCUGAGGGUGGUGGCGGUAUCAGCGCUGGAGACCGCGGCGAGACUCCCGACAUACCCACAGUACUCGAUGAGAACAAUGUCGGCGACGACGCGGACCAUGCCGGUCUGAACGACAACGGAGGAUCCAAGGAGACGAGGCCAGGAGGCCGUAGAAUCAUCAGCAAGGUCGGCCAUGGGAUCAAGGGUGGGGCUAGCCUAGUUGGCAAAGCUGGCCACGGGAUUGCCGGGGGCGCGAAAACGUUCCAGCAGGGCGUCGACGGACAGCUCAAGCAUACGGGAGGAUUUCACGCCGUCCCCUUGGAUGGCAUCGAAGCCGGCCUGGGCUCGCCACGACCGACAACCCGGGGAUCGGACCAGCCCCACAAGGCGGUGCAGAUCGCCGACGACGCCAAUGACGGCUCGAAGCCCUCGUUCGCCUCGGAGCGCCCUGCAUACCGAAGCCAUACGCCAACCUCCUCGGUGGCGUCGCAGGAUAUGGCCCUCCCCGUUGGCGACACGCGUAAGGGCAACACGACGAGACGGGCCUCGAAUCUGGCAGGCAUGGUCAUCACCGAGGAGACGCGCUGGUGGCAGUUCUGGAAACCCCCAACGGGCGGUUAUGCCUCACCUAUCCCUCAGGGCGUCGAGGGAGACGAGUUCCCGCUGGUCUCUAAGCAGCCGCCAGCGCAAAAGGGCGGCGAGAAGCAGACUCGGUGGAAACAGUUCGUCUCGAUGCUGCCGUUUGUCGGGGGUGACGACGAGCCACCAGUCGAUUAUCCUACCGAUGCCUCGGCGUUGGUAUACAGCGAGAAGCGUGACGAGGAUGCCGCAUGGAAAGAGUGGCUCAAGGCGUCGUCGCGGCCGACGCACCGGGUGGCCAACUUCGAGUGGACUCCCAACUGGCUCCCGGGCCUGCCCCUGAUCAACAAGAAGGUGGACACCAUCUACUGGGCCCGCGCCGAGCUCGCGCGUCUCAACAUGGAGAUCGAGGAGGACCAAAAGCACCCCGAGAGGUACUCGCUCAUGACGUCGGCAUUUAUCCAGUUCAACCACCAGGUGGCGGCGCAUAUGGCUUGCCAGAGCGUCACCCAUCACGUCCCACGCCACAUGGCGCCCCGCAUCAUCGAGAUCUCACCGUCGGACGUUCUGUGGGACAACAUGGCCAUCAGCUUCUGGUCCGAGUGGCUGCGCACCGGAAUCGUGCUCGGGCUCGUGUUUGGCAUGAUCCUGCUCUGGGCUCCCGCCAUCGCCGCCACGGCGCAGAUCUCGCAGGUCGACACCCUCAUCAACUCUUACCCCAAGGAACUCCACUGGCUCGAGGUCAUCAUGCGCAACGACAGCGUCCGGCGUGCCGUCACCGCUAUUGCCGGUGUCCUGCCUGCCGUCAUCCUCGCCGUCCUCCUCAUCCUGGUGCCCAUAAUCCUCAACUUCCUCGCCGAGUUCCAGGGCGUCAAGACGAAUGCGCAGAAGUCGGAAAACGUGCAGCGCUACUACUUCACGUUCCUGUUCGUCCAGAUCUUCCUGGUCAUCGCGCUGUCGCAGUCGGCCGUCGAGAUGGGCGGUCUGCUGACGUCCAACUUGACCGUGGACUCGGUGCCGAACCUGUUUGCCGAAAAGAUCCCCAAGUCGGCCAACUACUUCUUCUCGUACAUGAUUCUGCAGGCGCUGUCGACCAGCUCGGGAACGCUGCUGCAGAUCGGCACCCUGAUCGCGUGGUACGUGAUUGGGCGCCUCCUCGACACCACGGCCCGCAGCAAGUGGUCGCGCCAGGUGAUGCUGCCCGAUGUUAAGUGGGGGUCGCUCUUCCCCAUCUACACCAACUUUGCCUGCAUCGCCCUAAUCUACGCCGUCAUCACGCCCAUAAUCAGCAUCUUUGCCGUCAUCACCUUCUCCCUCCUGUGGCUCGCCCACCGACACAACAUGGUCUACGUCAACCGCUUCAAGACAGACACGGGCGGCGUGCUCUUCCCCACGGCCGUCAACCAGCUCUUCACUGGCCUCUACGUCAUGGAGCUGGCUCUCAUCGGCCUCUUCUUUCUCCAAGAGGGCCCGGGGCCCGAGAGGGCUCGCGUCAACUUCAGACAGGGCGUCAUCAUGGUUGUGGUGUUAAUAUGCACUGCCUUCUACCAACUGAUUCUCAACCUGUCGUUUUCACCGCUGUUCCGCUACCUUCCCAUCACGUUUGAGGACGAAGCGGUGCUGCGCGAUGAGGCCUUUCAGAGGGCCCAGGACCGCCGACUUGGGCUCGUACCCGACGAGGAGGGCAAGGAUGCAGAUGAAGCCGGCAUGCUGCGCGGCAACGGCGGCGGCGCCUACAAGGAAGAGAUCGAGCUCAAAAGGUUCUCGGGCGUACGGGCCCAAACUAGCGGCGGCGGCAGGGGCGGUGGUUUCAACCCCGUCGCUGGCGUGCGUCAGGCCGGGACGUGGGCGGUGCGCGGGGGCAAGCAGAUCCACCACGCCACCAUCGGCAAGGCGGAGAAGAACAUCAAGACGGCUGCCGGAUAUAGGCGAGAGCGGCGCAUGAAGGACCUUGAGGCACAGCGGGCCAUGGGAGAGGCGCUAUACGGCGGGUAUAACGACGACAUCGAGGACCUGACGCCCGACGAGCGUGACGCGCUGGUGCGCGAGGCGUUCAAGCACGAGGCUCUGCGGGCACGGAGACCCGUCGUCUGGAUCCCGCAAGACGACAUUGGCGUGUCCAACGAUGAGAUCCAUCGCACCCAGGCCUUUAGCGAGUACAUCUGGAUGAGCAACGAGGGCACCGCUCUCGACUCCAAGGUCCGCGUCAUUUACGGCCGGGCGCCGCCCGACUUUUCCGACGUUGAGAUUAUCAACCUGUAA